AUGUUUUUUACUACCUUCCACCUGCAUUUCUGUUGGAGUUGUGCGAUUGACAUCUUGAAAUCACAGUUUUUGAAGCCUGUUAACAUCCCUUUGUUAUCCGUUAUCGAACCUUCUCUUUCUGUUCAAGGGAUCCUAACCGACUCCAGUGAUGCAAUAGAACAACACUUGGUUUUUGAAAGAUUGGCCGACCUGGUGGCUACCAGUCAAUCCGUCAGAUCAUCUAUAUUUUCCCUCAGUCAUAUAGGUGGUAGGCCUGUGUUAUGGAAAGAAAUAAGCAACUUAUGUAUCCGGUUAAUUGAUCAGUUUUUGAUACACGUUCUAAUUUCAAAUAAUCGUGGGAUUUACAACUUGGGUACACCUCUCUGGCCCAAAACUAUGGAUAUUAAAUACAAACAACACCUGCCAACAUCAUUCAUGACACAAGUACGUCACCGUGACAGAACUACAACCAAACCCUCUCCGGUUACUGAUGAAUCAAAGUCUAAUAUCCAACUAGUCGGCUCUAAAAUCGUUCAAUACUUCAUAAAUACUGGACGCACACUGUUUUCUAUAGUGUCUUCAUGGAUUUCUCAAACACCGGUUGCCAAUUUAUUGACAUCAGAUAUGGCUUAUGCGUCGACAGCUCAUCUCUUUGCGACUGCAAAAGAUAUUGACUAUGCAAGCUGCAUAAAUUCCAGUAAAGUAACAGUACAAACAAGUGGUCAAGUUAUUAUAUGGGCAACAGAAGUUUUAGCCUGUUUAACAUUAGCUGCAUAUAAAGAAGAUCCAUAUGGUUCACUUCAACAGUCUUUGGGACAGAUUUUAAUACUAUUUGCGGAUGUAUUAGAGGCCGUUGAGAAGCACCUGAAGUUGGUCGGUUUAAUAACCAAUCAGUAUAAAGAAAAGAUGAAUGGUUCAGUUACUACUGCUACUGCUACUACUACCACUACUACUACUGAUAACCAGACAACGAGCAGCACAUCAUCAACAGAUAAUAAUAAUGAUGAUGAUAUACAAACUUCGUUAAGAAAUAAAAAACAAUCCUUGAACACUGCAUUGUAUACAAAUGAUCAAUGCAAAUUCGCCUAUUAUCGUUUCGCCUCUGAUCCUAGCCUACCUUGGCGUGUAUAUGCAACAUUCUGUUGGGCUUUAACAAACUGCCUAAAUCAGUAUGGAGAUUAUCUAGACGCGAUAACACUCGAUAAUGCAUCGAGAGAAAGACUCCAGAAGUUGAAAAUGAAGCGCUGCUGUAGUACUACAGCCUAA